AUGAGGGGUUCUUUACUUGUUCCUUGGGCCAUCUUGGCUUCUGAGGCUUUUGCAUCUCAUUCUCAUAUCAAAAUUUCCCGCCGAGACGAAGAUGCUGCAGAACUUGAGUCGUGGCUCGCGACGGCCCAGCGAGCAUCACUUGAUACGCGCAAAAAGUGCCCUGUGUCAUGCAGCGCAACCAAAGACAGCAGCUCGAGUGCCGAAUGGUUCUUGUUUCCAGAUGCUGCAGAGUUGGCGUCAUGUAACGAGACUAUGCUGCUCAACAUGGUCGUCAAGACCACAGAUGAAGAUCAAACAACUCCUACGGCUAUGAGGGCAUGCACAGCCGACUAUGGCUCGGGUUUAAAAGCUGCAUUCAUUGCGGAUGAGAGCAAGGCAUCCCUAUGUUCAACGUCUAAUCGUGUCCUGAAGGAUGCCUCUAUCUACAUGCACGAACCACAAGUCGGCAGCAAUGCUGCUGAAUUCUCUGUCAACCAUUUCCUGGCUGCUGGGCGUCAGAUUUCCCGGCAUCUCGCAUUACAGGUACCCUCCUGCGCUCACAAUGCAAUCGAAUUUGCAUAUUCCCAAUCAGCAGCCAUUGGCGUCUUUGCUGGAGCGGAGAUUCAUCAACACGGAGUAACCUCGGAUGUUCUCAACAAUCUGCUGAAAUACGCAGAGGAGAAUGCCAUAUCUAAGGCCACUGUCGUCCAGCUGUGCGGUACCGAUGACCGCGGCGCAGACUACAGCUUCGGCAUUGUUGCUGCUAGUGUCGCGAAUCUCCCAUUCAUCCAAGAAGCUGUUAGGACAUGGGCCAACGGAGAAUGCGUCACUAAGCCGGCCGUAGGAGAGCCUUGGAUGUCGGUCACCCUGCGUGUUCCCUCGCCCAUUGAGGCCAUAUCAAAUAGUACAACUAAUAUGUUGGCAUCAUCUGGUACUACACCGGCAAGCCUCGGCGCGAGGUCGCACCUUAUCAAGAGGGCCGACUGCAAAACAACCAAAGUCCAAUCUGGAGAUGGAUGUUGGGCUGUGGCUAACAGGUGCGGGAUCAGCCAGACAGACUUGGAGAAGUACAAUCGCAAGGAUCUUUGCAGCACCCUUAUCCUCGACGAGAUCGUCUGUUGCAGCAGCGGCACUCUACCUAGCACUCUACCACCGGGAAACUCGGAUGGCACGUGCAAGACAAGAAGCGUGAUCUACGGCGAUAGCUGCGGCACACUGGCCUCCAAGUGUGGUAUCAGCGCUGCCGACUUCAUGAAGGCCAAUACCAAAGCCGAUCUAUGCGCGAACUUGGCCGAGGGCCAACAGGUCUGCUGCACGGCCGGGAAGAUGCCGGACUUGAAGCCCAAGCCCGAUUCCGACGGCAACUGUGCGGUGUACACGACCAUAAAGAACGACAACUGCGCCAAGAUAGGGGCAGCCCGUGACCUGACCGUGAAAGACCUGGAGGGCUUCAACAAGAAAACCUGGGCCUGGAACGGCUGCGAGAAACUCUUGCCCGACUUCAAGAUGUGUGUGAGCACUGGAAGCCCACCCAUGCCAGCGAAUGUUCCUAACGCUAUUUGCGGACCAACGGUGAAUGACACAGCACGGCCGUCAGCAGGAACCGACUUGAGCACGCUCAAUCCGUGUCCGCUUAAUGUUUGCUGCAAUAUCUGGGGCCAGUGUGGUACGACGGAUGACUUCUGCGUCGAGAAGAAGUCCGAGACAGGUGCUCCUGGAACCUCGGGCGCAAAGAACGGAUGUAUCAGCAACUGCGGCAGAGAUAUCAUCAAAGGACCUGCGCCGGCCAAUAAGAUCAAGGUUGCUUACUUUGAGGCUUGGAACCACAACCGCAAGUGCUUGACCAUGGAUGUCGACCAGAUCGACACAGAUGUCUACACUCACAUUCACUUUGCCUUCGCUGAUAUCACGCCGAAUGACUUCGCAGUUGAUAUCAGCAAAGUCAAGGAGCAGUUUGAUAUCUUCAAGGAUAUGACAGGCGUCAAGAAGAUCAUUUCAUUCGGUGGCUGGGACUUCAGCACGAUGCCUGGGACUUUCAACAUUCUCCGCACCGCCGUCCAGCCGGGCAACCGCGACAAGUUUAAGAAAAGUCUCAUUGCAUUUAUCGACGAACACAAUCUCGACGGCAUCGACCUCGACUGGGAGUAUCCUGGAGCCCCUGAUAUUCCCGACAUCCCUAGUGAUGAUCCUGUCAAUGGUAAGAACUACUACGAAUUUCUGUCCGAUGUUAAGAAAUCCGUGGGCUCUUCCAAAUCAGUUUCCUUCGCGGCACCGGCAUCAUAUUGGUACCUCAGGGCGUUCCCUAUCAAGAACCUGGCCAAGGACCUCGAUUAUAUCAUUUACAUGACAUACGAUCUGCAUGGCCAGUGGGAUUAUAACAACAAGUGGACUUCUCCUAGUUGCGAGACCGGUAACUGUCUAAGGUCCCAUGUCAACGAGACGGAGACCAAAGACGCCCUCUCUAUGAUCACCAAAGCCGGCGCCGCCUCGAACAAGGUCGUCGUUGGCGUGGCUAGCUAUGGACGAUCGUUCAAGAUGGCCAAGGCGGGUUGCGACUCCGAGGAAUGCCUGUUUACGGGGUCACCCCGCGUGUCCGACGCUGCGAAAGGGCGUUGUACGGAUACGGGGGGCUACAUCUCCAAUGCCGAAAUCGACGAGAUUAUCCAGAGCGGAAAGAUAAAUAAGCAAUGGAAGAAGGAAGGUUCCAACAUGUUGGUCUAUAACGAUACCGAGUGGGUAGCCUAUAUGGAUGACGAUAUGAAGAAGACACGGGCCGAGUUCUACGAUUCGUACAACUUUGCGGGCACUACCGACUGGGCCGUGGACCUGCAGUAUUUCGCGGAUGGGAGUGGCGGCGAUAGCUACGACGAUGAUUACGAAUACGAAGUUGACGACAACUAUUGGUCUCUGUGCCAGGGGUCAUACACAACGCUUGAUCAGCUCAACCAACGGAAAGACUCUAUGCCCGCCCACUGCAUCGAGCAAUAUUUACUUGACGUCCAGGUCGCCACCUUGGAGACAGCCCUGAAAAAGUACAAGAAACUUAUCGACGAUGGCUACGACGACAAGUUCUCCAUUUACGAGAAAUACGUCACAGACCAGGUCCCCGCUCAAGUCAACCAUUUUAUGGCCAGCGACAAGGUGGACAAGUACUUCACAUGUAAAGAAACCAAGGACCUUACGUGCUGCAGCAGCUGCCGCUAUGCCACCUGUGCCGAGAACUGCGUCAAAGGCAGCGACUGCAAGAACGGCAGGGGUACGAUUGAUAUCGAGUGCCCUCAGAUGGAGUUCCAGCGAUCCAUAGCGGACGGCGACCUAACCCCGAUCCCCAACGCCACGUUCACGCUCAAGGACUCUGACGGUUUCUGGAAAGACAUCGGAGAGGAGUACGGCAUCGAGGAGUCGUGGCUUAAGUUCGGUAGGCGGCUCAUGCGGGUCAACAACGGGUGCCAGUACGCGGGCGAAGACGUCAACGAGUGCAUGGACAGGCAGAACAACUUCUUCUACAAUUACCCCCUCGCCGAUAAGGUCACGGUCUAUAAUCCCAAGGAGGUCAUCGGCGACUCCUUCCCCAAGGCAACUGACAUGCUCGACCGGUUCAAGAUCGUGCGGGCGUACGGGGAUUGGGACGACCUAAUGGAGCUGACGGACCUAGUGGAUGCCACGUCGCUGCCGGGCUAUUCGACGGAAGAGGCCGUCUCAAGCAUGGAAAAGAUCGUCGAGAAGGCCGGUGAGAUCGAGAAGAAGCAGCGCGAGGAGUUCAUCCUCAAUUUCAUUACCGGACUGCUCUUCUGGAUCCCCUUCGUAGGCGAGGCCGUCGGGGCCGCAGGAAUGGCAACAGUCCGCUCUCUGCUCCGGCUCAUCGGCGCCACCGGCGACGCGGGCGUGGCCGUCUAUGACAUCGUCAACGAUCCCGAGAACGCCUUCAUGGCCGUCUUCAGCUACCUAGCGGGCGCCGGCCUAGGCCGCGCCGGCUUCAGGAACGCGGCCAACUCCCGACGAAGCCUGACCUCGUCCGAGUACGACAGCCUCGGGGGCGUAAAGACGAAACUGGACUUAGUUGAGAGUAUCCGCGGUGGAAUUUGCCAUAUAUAG